AUGCUGGACUCAGGGGAGAAGUUACCUCCAGGACCCACCCCAUUGCCUGUCAUUGGGAAUUACCUGCAGCUGAAUACAAAAGACAUCCCAUCUACCCUCCAUCAGCUAAGUGAGCGCUAUGGCUCGGUGUUCACCAUCCACCUGGGGCUCUGCCGGGUUGUGGUGCUGUAUGGCUAUGAUGCCGUGAAGGGGGCUUUGGUGGACCAGGCUGAGGAAUUCAGUGACCGAGGAGAACAGAGCACCUGUCAUACACUCGUCAAAGGCUAUGGUGUGACAUUCAGCAAUGGAGAGCGCUCCAAGCGACUCUGGCGCUUCACCAUCGCCACACUGAGAGACUGGCAGACUGGCGUGGGGAAGCAUGGUGUGGAGGAGUGUACCCAGGAGGAAGCAGCCUGUCUUGUCAAGAUUUUGCAGGACACACGUGGAGCCCCCAUUGACCCCACCUUCUACCUGAGCAAAACAGUCUCCGAUGUCAUUAGCUCUAUUGUCUUCGGGGACCGCUUCAACUAUGAGGACAAAGAGUUCCUGUCACUCCUGCAUGAUGAUGCAAAUAAAUUUGCAGCUUCACCCACUGGGCAGCUCUAUGAUAUGUUCUAUGCAGUGAUGAAGUAUCUGCCAGGACCACAGCAAGGUAUCUUUAAGAACAUGCGGAAACUGGAGGAUUUCAUAGUAAAGAAAGUGGCACAGAACCAGCGCACCCUGGACCCCAGUUCCCCAAGGGACUUCAUCGACACCUUUCUCAUCCAAAUGUACGAGAACCCCAAUACAGAGUUCUACAUGAAGAACCUGGUGAUGACAACACUGAGUCUCUUCUUUGCAGGAUCGGAGACCGUCAGCUCCACCCUGCGCUAUAGCUUCCUGUUGCUCCUGAAGCACCUGGAUGUAGAGGCCAAGAUCCAUGAGGAGAUUGACCUGGUGAUUGGCAGAAACCGGCAGCCCCAAUUUGAGGACCAUUUGAAGAUGCCCUACACAGAAGCUGUGAUCCAUGAGAUCCAGAGAUCUGCAAAUUUCACCCCAUUGGGUAUACCUCGCAGGGUUACCAAGGAUACCACAUUUCACAGCCUCUUCCUUCCCAAGGGCACUGAAGUGUUCCCUAUACUGGGCUCUCUGAUGACAGACCCAAAGUUCUUCCCUUCCCCCCAAGACUUCAAUCCCCAGCACUUUCUGGACGACAAGGGGCAGCUGAAGAAGAAUGAUGCUUUUGUGCCAUUUUCCAUUGGUAAGAAAUACUGUCUGGGAGACGGCUUGUCUAGAAUGGAGCUCUUGCUCUUCCUCACCACCAUCAUACAGAACUUCUGCUUCAAGUCCCCAAAGACACUUCAGAACAUCAACGUGUCCCAGAGGCCGAUGGGAUUUACCAGGAUCAUACCAAGUUACACCAUAAGCUUCCUGCCCCUCUGA